AUGUACGCCGCUCAGAAUAUAACGCCAACAGUUUUGGAUGCCAUGAACGGAAAUGUUUCCGAAUGGUAUAACGAAUGCGACAAUGCCAUUAGAAGGUCAGAAAUAGUUCCUGGAACUUACGAAUAUACAACUGCUGUUUCUUAUGGAAACGUAGGUGAGUUUGGAGAAGGUUCUUCAACAACAGUAGAUAUUGCUUGCGACAGGUUUCAUAUUAUUUCUAUUGACAACUCAUUCUUAUACGUGGAACAAGACAUUGAAAUAAAACCUUCUGCCAAGUUGUCUGACAAGAAAGGUUGCAAUGGAAUUUUCUAUGUCGGAUACCAAUAUGCUCCAGAAGUUUUCAUGGGAUAUAAGAUAUAUUCUAACUCUGACUUAGUUCAAACAGUAACAUGGGCAAACUCUGAAUGGUUCGCUUUGAGAAACUCAGUACAACCACAAGCUAGAGAACAAACAGACCAGUAUGCAACUAUUGAGAAAAUAAGAAGACUUGACCCUAACGUUCCAGGAGUUUAUGUUAACCUUUCUGGUUCAGAUGGAACUGCUGCCACUAAAGUAAAACUGAAACUUAGAGUUCCUUUGUCAUCUUUCCUCAUCUUCAGGUUUUUAAGAUACUUGCCAAACUGGGCAGGAAAAAUUUCUAUCGAACUUACUCCAAGCAAAAAUAA